UGGAUUAGGCUCCAGCUAGUGCAGAGGCAAGUCUAAAAGUGGGAGGAAAUAUUGUAUCUAGAUGUAAAACUUGAAGAGGGACAAAGGGAGACAAAAUAUAUGGAUACCUCUGGGAUAUGCCUGGACUCGUGGGACUGACACUCUUCCGUCACAAAACGUGUUUGAUCCCACCCGGCCAAGACUUAGUUUCCUAUCUCCUCCACCGACAGGGACUUCUGACACAGACUCCCCGCUCCAGCGCCGGGCGGACGUGGGGCUUGCGCUGGUUCGGAGCAGGGCCGCUGCCGACUCGUAAUGUCAUGGUUUUGAUCUUUUGUUUCACAGGCCGUGCAAAAAUGUAUCGACUCUCUUAUGGAGGAUUUCCUCAACGUGACAGACUUUUUCGCAGGAUACAGGGUCUGCGCUUCUCCUGGCGAGGUCCUAGAUGUGCUCCUCCGCAGGCAUGGAAACGUGGAUCCCUGGAACGGAGCAGGAGAUGCCAGGCAGGAUUUCUCAAACUUCAGAACAAUCCUCGUGAAUCCAGUCGCCUUUUUCUUGACCAUCUGGCUUCGUCUGACACCGGAAGAUUUCCGAGAGCCACCAUAUUACACAACAUUAAAUAAACUGCUUGCAUCCCUGCGAAUGAAUAUGCCUGGCUCCAAGCUAUUAAAAGAUGCAGAGCACCUCCUGCAGCGGUUUCAGAGGGAAGAAGUAGAAAAUGAGAACAACCCUGGAGAACUGCCUGGGGACCAGCCCGGAGACACACUCAGGGACCACCUGGGAGACCCAACUGGAGACCAGCCUGGAGACCCAUCUAGAGAUCAGCCCGGAGAUGAGCUUGGGGACAUGCCCAGGGAUCAGCCCAGAGACCAGCCCGGAGAUCCAUCCAGGGACCAGCCCGGAGACCCAUCUGGAGAUCAGCCUGGAGAUGAGCUUGGGGACAUGCCCAGGGAUCAUCCCAGAGACCAGCCCGGAGAUCCAUCCAGGGACAAGCCCGGAGACCCAUCUGGAGAUCAGCCCGGAGAUGAGCUUGGGAACAUGCCUGGGGAUCAGCCCGGAGACCAACCCAGAGACCCACCCAGGGACCAGCCCGGAGACCCAUCUGGAGAUCAGCCCAGAGACAAGGUUGGGGACAUGCCAAGGGAACAGCCCAGAGACCAGCCCAGAGAUCCAUCAGGAGAUGAGCUUGGAGAUGAGCCUGGGCACGUGUCUGGGGAUCAGCUCAGAGACCAGCCCAGAGACUCACCCAAGGACCAGCCGAGAGACCUAUCUGGAGACCAGCUUGGGGAUGUGCCUGGGGAUCAGCCUGGAGACCAGCCCAGGGACCUACCCAGGGACAAGCCUGGAGACCUGCCCAAGAACCUGCCUCACGAAAAGAUCAAUAAGUGCCCCGUGACAUCCACUCCAUGUACAUCUUGUGACCAGCAAACCAGAGACACCUGCCUCAUCCGGGGCAGAAUGGAGAACAGCAAAAGCAGCGUAUGCAAAACUAUCCUGGUGACUUGCCAAGACAGGACAGAUGAUAUAAUCAAGAGAGUCAUGGCCGAGCACAACUUGGACCCAAAGGAAUCGGGCAACUACCAACUCGUGCAGCUCAUCUCAGAGACCAAAGCAUUAGUCUUCCCAGAUGGGGCGAAUGUAUAUUAUGGAAUGAACAGCCAAGGAAGAUUGGACUUCAUCGUAAGAGAAAGGCGGUGGCCAAUUAUCCGCCCAGGCCCAGGCCUGCAAAAGAACAAGAGGGGCCUAUUUAGCCUGUUCAGAAAAGGCAAGAGGGGCAGCUGGAAAAGGACAAGGAACUGACUUAUAGGACAUUCACAGG